CUUUCCGUCUCCUUCCCCUUCACGCCAUUCUCCAAAUCCGCCAUUGUUGCGAGAAACCAACCUUCCUUCCCUCACUCCCCUCUCUAGCUUCAGUCUCCAAACACGAAUUAGAUUCCUCUGCUCUCGUCUCGUCUCGUCUCCGUCCUUGUUAUUUUUUUCUUCUUCGGCUUGUUGACCAUGAGCUGGGAUUUCACCGGCGGCAGGGGCGGAGCAGGAGGAGGUCGAGCUCGUCUGCCUAGCUACGUGCCUCCGCACCUCCGGAACGCUCCAGUUGCGAAUCCCUACAACGCUGCUUACGGCUACUCGCCUUAUUCUGCUGUCUACAAUGCUCCUGGAUACGGCCAGUACGGUGGCGGCGGGUAUGUGCUCGGCGGGCAGCAGGAUUUCGCCCCUCGCGGCCGCGGCCGCCGCGGGAGAGGCGGUCAGCGGCGGAACGAGUACGAAUCGUCUUCUUCGCCGUCGUUUGCCGAUGCGAUUGCGGAGAAAUUCGACGAGCUGGAGGUGCUGGGCGAGGAGGAAGCUGCUGGAGGCGGCGGAGGGGGAAUCAACUUCGAAGCUUACGACGACAUCCCGGUGAAGGCGACGGGGAGCGAGGUGCCUCCGCCGGUGGAGAGGUUCGACGAGAUCGAUUUGGGGGAAGGUCUGAUGCAGAACAUCCGGAGGUGUAAGUACUCGAAGCCGACUCCGGUCCAGAAGCACGCCAUUCCCAUUGCGGUGGCCGGGAGGGAUUUGAUGGCUUGUGCUCAGACCGGGUCGGGGAAGACCGCCGCGUUCUGCUUUCCGAUCAUCUCGACGAUUUUGAAAAACGGGUUGAAUUCGGGUCCGGGUGGGACCCGGACGGUGGCCCAGCCAUCUGCUCUUAUAUUGUCUCCUACCAGGGAAUUGUCGUGUCAGAUUCACGAGGAGGCCAAGAAGUUUGCCUUCAAGACUGGAGUGAGGAUCGUUGUUGCUUAUGGAGGCGCAUCUAUUCAACAGCAGGUUUCUGUACACCAAUCCCCUUUUUAUUGCUUGCUUCCCCUGUUGGUUUUGCUUGUGAAUUCUGUAGUUCACGCACAUGGGCAUUUUGCAGCAUUUGUCUGGUGGCACAUUCAAGGUAGCGAUGUUGGUUUAAGGUUGUUUAACAGUGUGAGCUUUUUCUUCUAUGGAAUCUGUUGUGUUGUGCAGCUUUAUAAUUUGGAGAAGGGUGUUGACAUCUUGGUGGCAACACCAGGACGUUUGGCUGACAUGAUUGAUAGAGGCAGAGUGUCUCUGAAGAUGAUCAAGCACCUGGCUCUGGAUGAGGCCGAUAGAAUGCUUGAUAUGGGAUUUGAACCUCAGAUUAGGAAGAUAGUUCAGCAGAUGGGGAUGCCUCCACCUGGUCAAAGGCAGACUAUGCUCUUCAGUGCUACAUUCCCUGAUGAGAUACAGAGACUUGCAUCUGAUUUUCUCAAGGAUUACAUCUUUCUAUCCGUUGGGAGAGUUGGUUCCAGCACUGGGCUGAUCUCUCAAAAGAUCGAGCUUGUCCAGGAUAUGGAUAAGAGGUCACACAUCAUGAAACUCCUCCAUGGCCAGAAAGCAAACGGCAAGCGCGAUCUGACACUAGUGUUUACCGAGACGAAGAAAGGAGCAGAUGCCUUGGAGUACUAUUUGAGCAUGAGUGGCCUUCCCGCUAUAGCCAUUCAUGGAGACAAAGUCCAAAUGGAGAGGGAAAGAGCUUUGAGAUCAUUCAAAGCCGGCGUCACACCAAUCCUGGUUGCAACCGACGUGGCGUCAAGAGGCCUGGACAUCCCCAACGUCUCCCACGUCAUCAACUUCGACCUCCCCAAGGACAUUGACGACUACGUCCACCGAAUAGGCCGGACGGGGCGAGCCGGCAAGUCGGGGCUAGCAACGGCAUUCUUCAGCGACCAGAACAUGUCACUGGCGAAGCCACUGGUCGAGCUCAUGAAGGAGUCUAACCAGGAGGUCCCUCCUUGGCUGAACGAAUACGCCAAGAACUCCUCAAACAUCUACUCUGGCGGCGGCCGAUACAGACGGUAUGGCGGCGGCGGUGGUGGUGGGAGCAGACAUGGUGGGUAUGAUGACUACCGCAAUGACUACUCAGGCGGUGGAUACGGUGGGUAUGGCGGGGCAAGCUAUGGUGGUUACGACUCGGGUUCUUACUAUGGUGACAAUGGCUACGGAGGUUACGCCGCGCCGCCUGCUUGGUCUGGUCUCGGCGGUGGUGGUGGUGGUGGCUACGAGCUUGGGACUGAAGCUGUUGUGGCGAGUGGCUGGGAUAUGUAGAAGAUGGUAAGAAUGGAGUUCGCCAUUUUACUAUCUUUAGUGCUAUCUAUAAUUAGGUGAGAACGAGAAGAUAUAGGGAGAGAAGAGAACUAGGAAGAAAAGGCUCCCUCUGACUCUGAGAAGCUCAUCCACAGGUGAGCUUCUGGAGCUUUGUAGGCAAUGAAACGGGUGAAAUUAUUAGUGGGAUUUGGUGCCUUGGUACACAGGCUUUUGGAGUUUGGCUGCUGGUUUUGUUCAAUCUGGUUCUUAUUCUCUUCAAUUCACUCUUUAGGGAUUUGUGUAGGUUUGUGGUUUCUUUAGUUGAUUGAUUGAUUGUUGUUUAUGAUUGAUGUUUCGGAAGCUUAAAGGUUAUGAUGACUAAUGGUAGGAUUUAAUCUUAGUUAAAUAAGGUUUAGUUGCAGUUGAUUAC